UGCUGCAGCCGCGGGAAACGAUGUGAACGCGCUCCUACAAUUUGUUGUCGCUGCUGAGGCAUUUUUCUCUUCCACGAGUGAUUCGAAAGGUGUUUUCAAGAUUUUUAUUUUUUGGUGGAUACAGAGUCGCGCACCCGGUGAUCUUGAGCUUUGAGGGAGGGUAAAUAAGUGCCGAGGGAGUGUUUUUUAAAAAUCGCGGGAAAAAAAAAAGAACAAAAGGGACAUGAAUCUGACAUCCGGCCCAGUCGUGUUGCUGCUGGGCGUAUUUUUGCUGGUCCGGGGAGAUGGCACGGAGAUGGCAGGGAUCGCCCGGCCGAUUUUCGGCGAGAAUGGCUCGACUUUGCCCUUCAUCGAUCGGGACCUCGAUUUUUUGUCGAGCUUGAUCGGUCGCAUCGACGAUCCGGUCUGCCGCGAGCAGUGCCGGCUGAUCGUCGCUGGCCUGCGCAACUUGACCACGUGGGCUUUCGAGUUUUACGACGCCACGGGCAAGCUUCCAGAAGGCGUGCUCAGUGGCUCGACGUACCACCUGGGCAACUUUGACGAGUGCCUGGAAAUCGGCAAGAACGAAGACGACAAGACGCCGCAAUCGAUCGGCGGCCAGUACUGCCUCAGCCGAGUGAAAAUCGGCGUGCCGGAAGACCGCGCGCUCCACCGGCCGAUCUCCCCCGUGUGGCGCAAGUUCACGAAACUCAAGCAGCGCUACGACGACAAGAUCGAGGAGCUCCACUGGGGCGUGUGCAUGCCCGACUCGUGCACCAGCCGGGACGUCGAGGGGGUCAUCAACGCACUGGUCACCAACGCCCUGGCGAGGACCAAUUUUGACGUCGACGUGAAAAUCGAGGAGCGCGCCUGCUACAAGCAAGAGAAGGCGGUCAACUUCACAACCGCGGAAAUCGCUUACCUAGCUGUGAUAUCCAUAGUGAUCGCUACUGUUGUCGUCGGCACCAUUUACGAUGUGUUUUACGUGAAGAGUAACAAUUUGCCAGACGGUCUUUUGCCCCAAGUACUCGUGGCUUUCUCCAUGACGUCGAAUUUAAAAAAGCUUUGCAGUCCAGCCCACGAGGAUUUGAAGUUUGAAUGCAUUUCGGGGAUCAAGUUCUUGUCAAUGGUUUUCGUGAUAGCCGGCCACACGCUGAUUUUCGUUGUCAGUGGACCCGUGCUCAACAAGAAGUUUUGGAAUGAGGCGAUCGGCAAAGUGGAGUACUCUAUAUUCCUGAACAACCCCCUCCUCGUGGACACCUUCCUGCUCAUGGGAGGCUUCCUCUUCGCGAGGAUUCUCCUCCAAGAGCUGGACAAAAGAAAAUCGGUCAACUUCAUGAUCCUGUACGGAUAUCGCUACUUCAGACUGACACCGGCUUACAUGGCGAUGGUCUUCUUGUACGUGACCUGGCUACCCAAGCUCGACUCCGGGCCGCUCUGGUGGCGCAUGAGCCUCGAGCACGAGCGCUGCCUCUCCUCCUGGUGGGCCAACCUGCUCUACGUCAACAACUACAUCAACACCGAUCAACUCUGUAUGUUCCAAUCGUGGUAUUUGUCAGUGGACACACAAUUAUUCAUACUCGCGCCGGCAGUCAUUUAUCCUCUGUGGAGGUGGCGCAAAGUGGGCCACUUCAUCCUAGGAUUCGUCACGAUUUUCGCCACGGUCCUGCCCAUCGUCGUUACGUACGUCCAGCGCUUGGAUCCCACUCUCUUGAUAUACACCCCGGAAGUUAAAGACAUCUCGACAAACGAAUAUUUCAAGCAGAGCUACAUCAAGACGCACAUGCGAGCCGGUGCCUAUUGUUUUGGUUUGCUGUACGGAUACAUCGUCUACCGCAUACAAAAUUCAGACGCAAAGAUUCCCAAGAAAACAGUGCGCCUAGGCUGGAUACUGGCCGUUAGCGCGAUGGUGCUGUCUAUGUGCUCGAUCAACGUCUUUUACGGGCCUCGGAAGAAUUUCACGACCGUCGAGGCCGCCUUCUACUCGUCGCUCCAUCGGGCCAUGUGGAGCGCUGGCGUUGGCUGGUUCGUGCUCGCCUGCGUUACCGACAACUCAGGAUCGCUGAGGAAAGUUCUGAAGUGGAGACCUUUCGUGCCUCUCAGUCGUCUGACGUACUCUGCGUACCUCGUCAACGGCCUCGUCGAACUACACAGCGUCGCAACUGCCCGAGUACCUCAACACCUCGAUACGUUCGAGUUGUUCGGCAAAGUAUUGUCACACUUGAUGAUAACCUUCCUCGGCGCAGUGCUGCUCUCGACGACGUUCGAGUCGCCGAUUCUCGGGCUCGAGAGGAUCCUCCUGCGCCGCGAGAGAAAGUCCUCGUCCACGACGCUCACAAAAAAGACCGACAGCGAGGAGACUACCACCACGGAAGCUUGAGUUUAGUAGAUUGUUGUUGCCUGUUAAAUUUAUUUCGGUGUGAUUUCUGUCACGAGAGGAGUAUAGUGGAAUAGACGGUUGGACGUUAUUCAUCGCCACAGAUUGUACAGUUGAUGAUACCUUUUUUUUUUUUUUUUUUUGCUCGCAUGAUGUACACGCGGAUCGUCACGCCAUAGAGCAAUUAUUUAUUUUAGAUUUGUACUCAACAAGUUCAUUCUUCAUUGUCAUUUACGUACCUCUUUUUCACUGCCGAUGUAAGUUACAUUUAUACGAUACGAAGACUUGGCACUACCAUUUCAAUCGUAACAAAGUUGUGCGUUUGUUACCCAUCGAAUCUCUACAAAAUGCGUUGCUUGUUCAAAAGCAAUUGAUUUUUUUUUUUUGUUUUCAUAUCAAAAUUAAUUUUCCUAAGGUCUAGACUUUUUUUAACGUUUAACCGUGUACGACGAUGAAUAAUCAUAAGUUUUGUUACGUAAUGAAUACAUGUCGUAUUUUUUCAUGUUGCGAGUAUAUGCAUAAUUUUGUAAUUACUUUAUAUAUACCAAACGAUAAAUCUUGUAAAUAUA